CAAAAUUUGGGCAGCUGAGAACCAAAACAACACCAACCUUCUCAGAGCCUCAUGGAGCCAGAAGCCUUAAAAAUAUGUCCUUAUAACCCAACCCACAGGAUGCCAGCCAGCAGGUUACAGUACCACCUGGCAUCAUGCAAAAAGAAAAAUCCAAACAUAGCUAAAAGGAUGGCUAACUGCAAAUAUAAUGCUUGUCAUGUGGUUCCAAUCGAAAGGCUCAAGGAACAUGAGGCUAACUGUGUCUACAGAAAUGCUAUAGAUGAUGAACCAGUUAAUCUUCCCAAGUUUAUUUCUCCAAGUUUGGAAUUAAAUGAAAAACUUUCUAGUUCUGCCAAUCAGAUUCCUGAUGCAGUUGUCUGGAACGUAGAUACCAUGGAUCACUCUUCAUUCAUUCUUAAAACUUUUACUCCAAAAAUGCUGGUUUGUGAAAGUGACUCAAGAGACCGAAAUAAAGAGGAUAUGGCUAAGCAUCCUAACAACAAUAAAAGGCAGAAAAACUGA